AUGGUUUCCCUUACACUGAAGCCUAACUCUUGGGGAUGUGUUUCAGAAUAUGAAGCACGCUAUGGGGUUAUAUACAAGGUAGGAAUUUGGGUGCAAUCAUUUAGAAAGACUAUCUCAGUUACCUUAUCACAAGGCCCAUAUGUGGAAAGGCAACGCGCUGAAUAA